UCUCACUCACGCAUAAUGGCCUCCAAAACCUUCAUCAUUUUGUUCGUGAUCCUCUCGAUGUCAUCUGCCAUCGCUCAGAACGGAGAUGACUCGAAUCUCAUGCCGUGCGUUCAGAAGAUAUUGCCAUGCGAGCCAUACCUGAAGUCGACCUCCCCACCGGCCACCUGUUGCAUCCCGCUGAAGGAGGUCGUGGCCAAUGACCAGAAGUGCCUUUGCGCCGUCUUCAACAACCCCGAGCUUCUUCGGAACUUCAAUGUCACGCAGGACGAAGCCUUGAAGCUCGCCGCAGCUUGCCAGGCCAAUGCAGACGUCUCGAUCUGCAAGCCUCUUCUCGCCUCAUGGUCAUGGAAGGUUAAGGGUGCUCCAAUCGAUCCCCCUCCAGCUUAUAAAUCUGUUGUGGCUCAAACUGUGGCAGAGGAUUAUGGAAUCCCCGGCUGUCCCUGUCAUCACAAUUUGUUGGCCUUCACGGCAGCUGCUAGCGGUGAACCGACAGUAUGCGUGUUGGACGAGAUUGUUCAAUAA